AUGGAAGCUAUGGUCAAUGAAUGUGAAGACAACUUUGUUGAUGUGCCACAUUCUAAGCCUGAUGUGCCAAUGAAACUUGGGUUGGAUUUUGAUUAUGAUGAUGAAGCAUUUCCAUAUUACAAUGAGAGUGCUGGAGCCAUUGGUUUUAGUAUUCGGAAGGAGUAUGUGAACAAGAAUAAAGUCCAUGCUUCAGAAUCUAGAGAAGGAUAUGAAGUGGUUGUGGAGUUCGUUAAUGAGAUAAUUGCAAAGCUCAAAGAUGUCACAAAGGCAAGAUGCGAAGCUCAAGUAACUUCAUCGACCAGAUUUGAUGAUUCACUAAAUAAUAAUGGUGCAAAAGUCUUUGUUGACAAUUCAAAUGUUACAAAGGUGGUUGGUUUAAAGAGAAAGGAUCCAAAACAUUGUGGUAACACUCGACUAAAAAGUUUCUUGGAAAAGGCUUCAAGAAGUAAAAAGAAGGCUUCAUCAAUGCAACCCGCUCCGACUCAUGUCCAGUUGACAAUGGAUACAGGUUUCAAAGUGCAGAGUUCACAAGAAAGUCACAAUAUUUUGUUCAAAGACUACUUCGCUAAUACAUUUUGGAAGAGU